GGAAGGUAUUACACUAUCGGAUGCAUUUCGAGGUGGUGCUAAGCGUGCUUCCGUUUUUCUUUCAGUUGGAGAGGUCGCCCGACGGGCUCUUUAAAACGCAGAAGCUGCAUUUCGUGGCAAGACAUCAUGACACUUUUUCACUUUGGGAACUGUUUUGCUCUGGCUUAUUUUCCUUACUUUAUAACCUACAAGUGCAGCGGCCUCUCAGAGUACAAUGCCUUCUGGAGAUGCGUCCAAGCUGGAGCAACGUACCUGUUUGUCCAACUUUGUAAGAUGCUCUUUCUAGCUACAUUUUUUCCCACAUGGGAAGGAGGAGCAGGAGCAUAUGACUUUAUAGGGGAAUUUAUGAAAGCCACAGUGGACCUGGCAGACCUUUUGGGUCUCCAUCUCGUUAUGUCUCGUAAUGCCGGAAAAGGAGAGUACAAGAUCAUGGUGGCUGCCAUGGGCUGGGCAACGGCAGAACUUGUGAUGUCGAGAUGUCUUCCACUGUGGGUCGGAGCCCGAGGGAUUGAGUUUGAUUGGAAAUACGUCCAGAUGAGCUUUGACUCAAACAUUAGUUUGGUCCAUUACAUUGCUACGGCAUCAGUGGUGUGGAUGUUUACACGCUACGACCUUCCAAAGAGCUUCAGGCUGCCUGUAACUGUGCUGCUGGCUCUCUGUGUCUACAAGGCCUUCUUAAUGGAGUUGUUUGUCCACGUCUUCCUGCUGGGCAGUUGGACGGUGUUGCUGGUGGAAGCUGUGCUGACUGGGGCCAUCUCUCUGUGCUCACUGUUCCUCUUUGUCACUCUGGGUUCACAGCAAUUAACUAAACCUCAGCCCCCAAGCAGAAGCCUCUGACGGUCUUUUGGUCCAGAUAGGACCGGGGUUGUCCUGAAUCAGAAGCUGAUAUCACAUCAGUCUCUGUGUCACCAUACAACAUUCAAGAUGGCUGAAAAUGAUUGUUGAUACUGAGCAGAAGUUGGGUGGUCUGCCUGGAACAUGUACUGGUUCUCCUAGUUUGUUGUGAUGAGUGUUUGAACCCGUCGUUAAAAACUUGUUCUCAGGGUGAAGCUUGUGUGGUUUCAGUCCAUCAGCUGAAGCUGCAGAGCUGUGGUGGUGACAUCAGACAGCUGUAAUAUGAUUGGCUUACCUAAGCUGGUGUUGGUUUUAUGAAAAUGUGGCUUUUGUAUCAGAUCAACCACAAAUAAAGUGAAACUUCGUAAA